AUGAAUAAUAUGAAUAAGCGCGCGCGCGCUCGCACGUACGCACACGCAGACACGCAGACACACACAGGUGCACACGCACGCGCGCACGCACUCGCACGCACGCGAUCGCACGCACGCGCAUUCGCACACACAAGUAAACACAUUCAAAAAUCGUAUAUAUAGAAGUACAGAAUACAGCUCAAAUUCUUUACAAGACUACCGCGGAAGAAUGUAGUGGAUGAACGUUUCUCCAUGACAUUUUUACGUACUACAAAAAAAAAAAAAUACGAUCGCUACACGAAACUGAUAAGGUCAACCGACUCUCGCUCGGUUCUAUUCGCCGUUCUGACAUUCUCCCAGCAACAAGUAACAACUCCGAGUCCUACACCAUAUUGUUUUUGUCGUCCAGACUCUGCUGUCCACAGUGUUUCCGACAUCGCCGCUUGACGAGAGUACAAAAUGAACGGUUCAACUGGUCUUAUAGCAUGGAGUGACGUGGAUUCAAUGGCGACAUUGAAAACCCUUUCGUCUCUUUCGUCUUUGAGCAUAACACCUCGUGUUAAUUUUCUUCAACAAGCCAAACAAAAGGAAAAUAACAAUGAAGUUUAUCUACCGCCUGAAGUGAUGGAAAAAAUUGUGUAUUAUUUGGAUGGCAGGACUUUGCUUAAAUUCAAACAACUGUCAAGGACAUGUGCUGAAAUUGCUAAUAACGUGCUUCGUUUUAAUAAAAUAUGGAGCCAAAUUUGUGAUGAAGAAUUGCCAAAGAAAUAUUUCAUUGAUCUGUUAAGUAAACAGGUUCCUACAAGUAUUCCAUCUAACUCGAUUCCAGAAGUGCAUUAUGAAACAGUUUAUAAAAAUUGGAUUCAAUGGCAAAAUCCUAUUAAUAAACUAACCAAAAUAGGAGAACAUCAUUUCUUGGGUCUUGAUGGAGUAAUUAAAAUUAUUUGUCACAAAUUGGACGUCCAGGUUGUAUUUACACAUUUUAUGUAUUUAUUUACACUUACAAAAAAUGAGAGAACAGGAAACUAUUACGUUAGAAAUACUAAUGGUCAAAAUUGCAAAUAUGACACCAUAGUGGUAUUAAACCGUAAACCUAAAAUAAAUCGAGAUACUGGAGAAGAAAAUUUAUACAUUGCUUGCCGCGAAGCACAAUCAAAUUAUUGUCCAUUACAUAACACAAAGAAAAUAGUGCAUGAUGGGAAUAGAAGAGAAUAUUACACUGGAAAACUUGUUGAUGUAGACAUGAAUAUUCAUACUAAUAUAUGCUGUUGGGUCCGAGAAACUUGGUACGAAUGGCAUGCACAUAAUGAACCAAAAAAAACUAUUAAUGGCCAUUUAUGCCCUCAUUUAAGUUACCUUUUAAAUACUUCUGUAAUUCAUGGACUAAUAAUUAGUCGAAAUCGAACUAAUAGUAUUUUGAUUCACGGUAUUUUUGAAAAUACGUGUAUAAUGUCUUCUGAUUUAUGGAUGAAAACUAAAUAUGAAGGAGCUAGUGCAAUAUACAUGUAUACAAAUAUUUUGUUUAUUGGAACUCUAAAUAGUUAUUUAUUAGCAUAUCGCUUGCGCUGUAUGGAUGAUUUAAUUAAUCUUAAAUCUAAAAAUUUGCUGUUCGAUAUAAAAUUGGAUAUUGGUCAAAUUACUUUGUUGGAUAUCAUGGAUUUUGAAGAUGUCAGAGCUAUCAUAGUUGCAUCAACCACAAGCGUUCUUUGGCUUAAAAUUGAUUAGAGUAUAAUAUAUGUUCUUAACUAUUUUUAGAGACUGUUUAUUUUAAAGAGAAAUUAAGACUUUAAUUAUACUCUUAAAAUCAAAA